GAGCUUCCGGGGUAAGCUGUACGAAGGUCAGGAGACAACGUAUUUAACUGAGAGACAGCCUUGUAAAUCUAGUGUCGUUGCUUGUUAUCCCUUGAAGUAUUUUAUUUUCUAAUUUCAAGAACGAAUAAUCCACAAUGCCAAGAGGCAGCCGCAGCCGAACAUCAAGAAUGGCUCCGCCGAGCUAUUCUGCAGCACCACCGCCUAGACUUGCUCCUAGACCUGCCCCUCCUCCACAAUCCUAUGCCCCGGCUCCUGUUCAUGCCCCUCCAUCAGCCGUAGGUGCUCCCGCAGCUGCACCGAGGCAGCCCGGGAUGUUCGCCCAGAUGGCCACCACUGCUGCAGGAGUGGCCGUGGGAUCCGCUGUGGGCCACACAAUCGGACAUGCUAUGACGGGAGGCUUCGGUGGUGGUGGAGGAGGAGGACAACAACAACAAGCUGAGGCUCCCAGGCCCGACGUUACCUAUCAGGAACCGUACCAGCAGCAGCCAAUGUACCAGCAGCAGCAGCCUAUGUAUCAGCAGCAGCAGCCAAUGUUCCAGCAGGAGCAGCCAAUGUUCCAGCAGGAGUCCCCUCAACAGAGCGGCGGCUGCUCAUAUGAACUGAAACAGUUUAUAGAAUGCGCCCAGACCCAGAGCGACCUCAAGCUCUGUGAGGGAUUCAGCGAAGUGCUCAAGCAGUGCAAGUUCUCCAAUGGCUUGUCGUGACCACAUCAGGAUGCCGCUAUUACACGCACAGAAUUGUAACAUGCAUGUGAUAAUAAUAAAUCUAAAAUUACUCAGCCAGACUGGUUUGUGGUGACUACAAGCACACACAGCACUUCAACAGUAUAGUACUUUCUUGUCUGAUAUCUGAUAGUCUUAUGCCAUGCAGGUGAUUUAUAUUUAUAUAAUUUUUUGUUUUGCUCAAAUGUUAAAUUGAUUCAGAAUUAAAACUAGACAGUAUCAUG